AUGGAUCUUCUCCUCCUCGAGAAGACCCUCUUAGGGCUCUUCUUCGCCAUAAUCGUCGCCGCCGUCGUCUCCAAGCUCCGCGGCAAGAAAUUCAGGCUUCCUCCUGGGCCGAUACCGGUACCGAUCUUCGGAAACUGGCUCCAGGUCGGCGACGAUCUCAACCACAGGAACCUCACCGACUACGCCCGCAAAUUCGGCGACAUAUUCCUCCUCCGCAUGGGGCAGCGCAACCUGGUGGUGGUCUCCUCGCCGGAUCUCUCCAAGGAAGUGCUCCACACCCAGGGCGUCGAGUUCGGCUCCCGCACCCGCAACGUCGUGUUCGACAUCUUCACCGGCAAGGGACAGGACAUGGUGUUCACGGUGUACGGCGAGCACUGGCGCAAGAUGCGCCGCAUCAUGACCGUCCCUUUCUUCACCAACAAGGUCGUCCAGCAGUACCGCGGCGGCUGGGAGGCGGAGGCCGCCGCCGUGGUGGAGGACGUCAGGAAGAACCCGGCGGCGGCGACGGAGGGGAUCGUGCUGAGGCGCCGGCUGCAGCUGAUGAUGUACAACAACAUGUACCGGAUCAUGUUCGACCGGAGGUUCGAGAGCGAGGACGAUCCACUGUUUGUGAAGCUCAAGGCUCUGAAUGGUGAGAGGAGCCGAUUGGCGCAGAGCUUUGAGUACAACUAUGGUGAUUUUAUCCCGAUCUUGAGGCCGUUUUUGAGGGGCUAUCUGAAGAUCUGCAAGGAGGUGAAGGAGAGGAGGCUGCAGUUGUUCAAGGACUAUUUUGUUGAUGAGAGAAAGAAGCUCGGGAGCACGAAGCCAACAGACAACGACAGCUUAAAAUGCGCGAUCGAUCACAUUCUUGAAGCCCAACAGAAGGGAGAGAUCAAUGAAGACAAUGUUCUUUACAUUGUUGAGAAUAUCAAUGUUGCUGCAAUCGAGACAACGCUAUGGUCGAUCGAGUGGGGCAUAGCUGAACUAGUGAACCAUCCAGAAAUCCAGAACAAACUUCGGGCCGAGCUGGACUCUGUUCUCGGGCCCGGUGUCCAAAUCACAGAGCCGGAUACCCACAAGCUGCCCUACCUGCAAGCUGUGAUCAAAGAAACCCUUCGGCUUCGAAUGGCCAUCCCACUCCUCGUCCCUCACAUGAACCUCCACGAUGCAAAGCUCGGAGGCUACGACAUCCCAGCCGAGAGCAAGAUCCUAGUCAACGCCUGGUGGCUUGCUAACAACCCGGCCCACUGGAAAAAGCCCGAAGAGUUCAGGCCCGAGAGGUUCUUUGAAGAGGAGUCAAAAGUUGAGGCCAAUGGAAAUGACUUCCGGUACUUGCCGUUUGGUGUGGGCCGUAGGAGCUGCCCAGGAAUUAUACUCGCGCUCCCGAUUCUUGGGAUCACGAUUGGCCGGCUCGUUCAGAAUUUCGAGCUUUUGCCGCCACCUGGGCAGUCGAAGAUCGACACGACUGAGAAAGGGGGGCAGUUUAGUCUGCACAUAUUGAAACACUCGACGAUUGUUCUGAAGCCGAGGUCGAUUUGA